AUGGAUCGAAUUCGAUCCAUUUUCUGGGCGGUUUUCGUGUUCGUUUUACUUCUAUUUUCACCGGCAAAAACCGAAGACGAAGGUGUAAUUACGGCAUUGCUCGCUUUCAUGGAUAAACUCGCUCCAGGAGGUGCCCAAAUCACCCCGAAUUGGGGAUGGAAUGCUUCAUCGGAUCCUUGCACCAGUAAAUGGGUCGGGAUUACUUGCGACAGAGACAACAAAACCGUGAAAAAAAUAGUCCUCGAGCGGCUUAAUCUAUCGGGAACUCUCGAUGUUGGAUCGGUAUGCAAGGUGAGUAACCUUCUUGUACUGAGUCUGAGCUUCAACAAUGUCACCGGAAACGUGCAGCCGGAAAUAUCGAAUUGUGUACGGCUUACUCACUUGUACCUAAGUGGGAAUCGGUUUUCCGGCGAUCUUCCUGAUUCUCUUGCAGAAUUGCCGAAUGUGAAAAGGGUUGUUGUAUCAAACAACGGGUUCGCCGGUGAGUUGCCGGAUUUUUCAGGAACCACAGGCUUGUUAACGUUCUUAGCUCAGAACAAUCGGUUUACAGGGCAGAUACCGGGAUUCAAUUACCGCCAACUUGAAGACUUCAGCGUAGCCAAUAACGAUUUAAGCGGUCCGAUUCCCGACGACACGGGUCGUUUCGACGCCAGCAGCUUCGCCGGAAACCCGCAGUUAUGCGGGAAACAGUUACCGGUAACAUGUCCAUUGAAGAAGAAGAAACACAAGUCAAAGCUGCGGGAUUUUCUCAUUUACUCCGGAUACGUGAUCCUCGGAUUCGUAGUCGUGGUUCUGAUCGCGUUGUUAUUACUCAAGAAAAAGAAGCAGCGACAUGAAGACGUAAAGAUCGACCCAUCAACGAAGAAAUCCCCAGAAAGCGGGGGUUCAAGCGGCUCGAGAAACAGUCGGGCAAGAUCAGAGUUCUCGAUAACGUCGGUUGAAAGCGGAGGGAUUUCGUCUUCGAUGGUUGUUUUGUCGAGUCCGGUGGUGAAUGGGCUUCGGUUCGAAGAUCUGCUUAAAGCUCCAGCUGAAUUGAUUGGAAGAGGUAAGCAUGGAAGUCUGUAUAGAGUGAAGCCAGAUGGUGGUGUUGGUCUGGUGGUGAAAAGGAUCAAAGAUUGGAAGAUUUCAAGGGAUGAAUUCAAGAAAAGGAUGCAGAAAAUUGAUCAAAUAAAGCACCCAAAUGUGCUACCACUUGUUGCAUACUACUCUUCUAAACAAGAAAAGCUUCUUGUAUAUGAGUUUCAGCUGAAUGGGAGUCUGUUUGGGCUUCUUCAUGGGUCUCAAAACGGGCAGAUGUUCGAUUGGGGUGGCAGACUAAGCGUCGCAUCUAGCAUAGCAGCAGCAUUGGCAUUCAUGCACCAGGAGCUUCAAGCCGAUUUGAUCCCCCAUGGAAACUUGAAGUCAUCGAACAUCUUGCUCAAGAACAACAUGGAGCCCUGUUUGAGCGAGUAUGGGCUAAUGGCGAGAGACCAUCAGGACCCCAACCAAACCAACAACCACACCACAAUCACCACCUUCAAGGCCGAUGUGUAUGCGUUUGGUGUGAUCCUCCUCGAGUUGUUGACGGGGAAGCCGGUCCAGGACGAUGGGUCUGGUUUGAUCAAGUGGGUGAGCUCCGUGGUCCAAGAAGAAUGGACGGUUGAAGUGUUUGAUAAGGCGUUGAUAGUCGAAGGUGCUAGCGAAGAGAGGAUGGUGGGGUUAUUGCAGGUGGCGUUAAAGUGCAUAAAUGCUUCACCGGAGUUGAGACCGACGAUGGGUCAGGUGGUGACGAUAAUAUCAUCGUUAAAGGAAGAAGAAGAGCAAUCCAUGACCUCUUCCGAUCCAUAA